AAGACUUUAGACUUCUCCAGCAAUAGCGUGGAAGUUCUUCCGGCUGGGACUUUCGACGCCCUCUCCUCCUUAAACAGUCUUCUUCUAAGCGACAAUAACCUGACCCAGCCUGCAGAUGGGAUUUUUGAUCAUUUGCCCAACCUCCAGCUGCUGGACGUGGUCAAAAACACCAUCAACCAGACAACUUAGAUUGAACGCGAACCAACUGGAGAACCUAACUCCAGGUUUAUUUACAGGUUUGAGUAAGCUCAGGGUGCUGAAUCUACAAGCAAACCGCAUCAAGGCACUUGACCAGGAUCUCUUUUCCAACUUAAAGGAGUUAUCUUGGCGUGACCUAUCCCACAAUCUAAUACAAGCAGUAGCGAAGGGCCUCUUCUCGAGCCUUCCAAGGAUGGAUUCCCUCAACUUGGCGCAUAAUAAAGUAAGGGACUUAGAUGCUAGCGCCUUUAAUUGUUCGACUCAGCUGGACGUCCUCAAUUUGGAAGGCAACCUCCUCUCGACGCUUCCAGACGAUGCAUUCGCGGGAAACUCGCGGCUAAACGAGCUUGUACUCACCGAAAAUGAGCUGAAGAAAAUUUCAGCGGGCACUUUUCACGGUUUGAAGCGGUUAAAGAUUCUUUCACUGUCGAAUAACAAGAUAUCGUCUAUUGAACCGAAAUCGUUCGACGAUUUUGGCCGUUUAGAAGAACUUUACUUAAACGAAAACCAGAUGAAAGAAAUACCCCCAGGUCUUUUUCAACAAAUGAAAAAGCUGAAUACUUUAUACUUCGCCAGCAAUAGCCUGGAGUUUCUUUCGGCUGGGAUUUUCGACGCCCUCUCCUCCUUAAACAGGCUUUUUCUAAGCUACAACAACCUCACCCAGCUUGCAGAUGGGAUUUUUGAUAAUUUGCCCAACCUCAAGUACCUGGACGUGAUCAAAAACACAAUCAACCGCAUCGAGCCUGGUACCUUCAAGAACCUAAACCGGCUCACCUCGUUUUACUUCAGCGAGAACCGCCUCCAAAGUGUUCACGCCGAAACAUUCCAAGGACUUAAGUCCGUCGAUUACUUCCACAUCAAAGCCAAUCCAAUUGGGCACAUCGCGUGUGCCACCUUCGUCGAGCUUCCUUCGUUGGUGUUUCUCGACAUUUCCGAUGUUCCAAUCGAGGAGCUUGCCACCGGGUGUUUUACAAGCGUAGGGAAGCUCAGACAGCUUAGGAUUCAGAAGACCCACUUAAAAGUGUUAAAGUCGGGAACGUUCGCCGGACUGUCUCUUGUAAGGACGUUGUUCUUAACGGAAAAUCGCCUGGAGAACAUUGGAUUUGGAGCCUUUGAUGGGUUGAAGAGUGUAGUCUCGCUUUCACUGAGCAGCAACCGCCUAUCCACGAUCGACAAGGAGACUUUCGGCGGCUUGGACUCGGUGAUAUCGCUAACAUUAAACAAUAACAAUAUUGUACAUUUCGAUUCGACCCGUUUUGAUCUACUACCGAGCUUGGGAACUCUGCACCUCGCCUCCAAUAAGCUGCGCGAGCUUAAGGGUGACGUCUUUGACAAACUGUCGCGGCUGAGAGGUCUGGACCUAUCCCACAAUGGCAUCCAAGUGUUACCCGCCGAGAUUUUUCGCGCACUCGAAUCCCUGCACUAUCUCGAUUUGUCCGGUAACAAGCUGAAGGUCUUGGAACCGGGCACAGUUCCAGUUCUGCCCAGACUGCGACGGUUACGCUUGAACGCUAAUGAAAUCCAGUCGGUCAAAUCAGGAGCGUUUGACAACUUCGGCUCGCUCAAAAACCUUGGGUUGGCCAACAACACCAUCAAGCAUAUCUCCCCUGGAAAGUUCGCUGGGUUGUCUAGGAUGUCUUACAUCGACCUACAGAAUAACCUGAUCAGUGACCUGAACCCCACCGUCUUUGAUAGUUUACCAGAGUUGACCGAAGUCCUAUUGGAUGGUAACAAACUGAAUCCGAAGGUGCUGAAGAUCAUCAAGAGCAAGUAUACCUUGCCGGAACCGGAAAUAGUGGAUGAACUGUAGCUUUUCUGUACAAUAAAAGUUCAAUCGAUUCCACCAUCGGAUUGCCCAGAUUCAUCUUUCAAUUUUCCUAGACUCCCUGCCCUUCCCCUGCUCCUACGGUUCUCCCCUUCUGCGAUGUCUAUGGAUCUUCCGUUGGACCCGUAGCAUAUACUGCUUUCUGAAGGUCCUUUGGCUCUUUCGGGGACUACUUGCCGCUCCUUAAGCUCUUUAUGGAGCUUUCAACAAUUGUAUCCAUAACGUUUUACACUCUCCUUUUAAAGUCCAAUGGACAUGUAAAGGUGUGUUAAGUUAAUAAGUUGCUCUGAUAUGUGCCAAAAAUUCUGCCAAGUGUCUGAAAUAUUCCCAGGGGUAUUUUAAAAGUUUGGGAAAAAGCCAAAGGAGGACGACCAAAGUACCUACAGAGUCCAGAAAACGAUAAAAUUCUCUUGCUUGCAAAGUGUUGUCUCGAUUUCUAACGACAAAGGCGAAUCUCUUUUUAAAUCGUUCGCAGCGGACCAAGUUGGUACUGAACGUUAACAGUAAAGGCCAAAAACAAAUAAAUUAUUCGCCCUGGCUACUCGCGAAGGAAUUUUUUCCCGGCGACUGGGGUGGUUUACUCUUACUCGAAGACCGAAUCUCUUCAAAAACUCUCCGGAUUAAUCCCUACCUAUGUUUUUUUAAUUAAUUAACGCCCCAUAAAAAUGGCACGUAGUGAUCUAUUUUAUUUGUAGAGCAACAAGGGAUAGGACUUUGUUUAGCCUAAGUUGCUUCACCGUUUCCGGAUAUCUGUCGCCAAGGAGCUCGGGCCAGCUCGUCGGCCCUUUCGUUGCCUCCUAUUCACUGCAUAGGUGUAUAUGCUUAUUCAUGGUUAAAAUCUGCCCGAAGCACAGUGCUAUGUUAAUCAAGGGAGAAGCGGAUGUCAGCUCUCGGUCGAUCACUAUAUAUAGGUACCCAUACCCGUUCCCCCCGUGACCCACACGAACCUUUCAGAUUUCAUGGACAAUCUGAGUUCAGCCACUCCCCCCUGUCCGAAAAAGCGACCUUAGAACUCUUCGGUUUUAGUCAGACAUUCCGGAUCACAUCCCUUCUUGCAAGGAGGGGAUCGGAUCUUGAGGGUUUCCUCUCAAAUUCGCCCGCGCUCAAAUCCUUCGACCUCUGCCUUCACAGCUCUAGCCCCAGUGCCUCCAUGGUCAAAACUGGCGUGUUUGUCAUGGCUCCAGUGACUCUCAGACAGGCUAUAGUCUGUGAACCUUUCUUAGCUGCUUCCUUUAGGUUGCCCUGCCCAUGACAGGCCACCUACAAGUGCACCGUAGAGUAUUAUUGGCCUUAACGAGGGUUCAAA